AUGGCAUGUUGGAUAGUUUCAUUAGACGGUGGUCCAAAAAAACCAAAUCAAGCAGCGAUUGUGAUAAAUGACAAAAUUUAUUCAUUUGGUAGUUGUUGUUGUUAUGAAAGAGGCUUCAUUGAACCUGAAUUAGCUUUCGGUGUACACGUCUUGAAUCCUGCUGAUUAUCGUUGGCAAUUUGUACAAACAAGAAGAUUUGAGCCAAAUCCAUCAGAGCAAUUUAUUGAUGGAACAGGUGAAAUAUAUCAACCAUAUGGUGAAAUACCAACUUUAAGAUCUGGUCAUAGUGUUGUCGCAUAUAAAGGAAAAGCAUAUAUGUGGGGUGGUUAUUGUUAUGGUCGAGAAAUUUUAAGUACAUCAUUGUACUGCUUUGAUCCUGAAGAACGAACUUGGUCAGUAAUUCCACACGUUGGUCCCACGCCAGCUCCACGUGAAAAACAUACGGCUGUGGUAUUUAAUGAUAUGAUGAUCAUAUAUGGUGGUCUAAUCAAUAAUCAAUUAAGAUUUUGCGAAAAUGUUUGGGGCUAUAAUUUUAGGACAAGGAAAUGGUACAGUACGUUAAUAACUGGUGAUAUACCACGAGGACGAAUACAUCAUACAGCAUGUGUAAUUGAGAAAAAAAUGUAUGUUUUUGGUGGUGUUGAUCAAUCAAAUCAUGCAUUAUAUUUAAAUGUAUUGGAUUUACGACGAGGACAUUGGGAAACAACAAAUGUCACAGGACAUCGACCAUAUGCUGUACGAGAUGCUUGUUGUUGGGUUCAUAACAAUAAAAUGUAUAUAUUUGCUGGAUGUCGACAUAGAGAUGGACAAUAUGUACCUUCACUCUAUCGAUUUGAUCCUGAAAUAUCAAUGUGGUCUAAAAUACGUCCAUUUGGUUUCAGAGGCGCAUCGGGUCGACAACAUCAUUGUGGAGUGGUCGUCGGCGAUUGCGCUUACGUAUUUACUGGUUUGACGCAAAGCAUUGUAUUUACUGAAAUGUUUGGCUAUGGAUAUGUAAUGGAAAUGUGUGAUCUUCAUGUUCUUAGUUUCAAUUGGACAUUGAAGGAUCUUUCAGCAAUUGCUGUAUUACAGCAUGGAUUAUACAGGAUAGAUUCUGAUGAGCUUCCGCUUGAAUUAAAAGUUCAUCUUGCUAUGAUGACAGAAUCGAAUGACUUAUUAUGAAAGUAAUCUAUUUAAUGGGAC